AUGUCUCGAAGUGUAAAAGAUCUUCGUGAUUUAAUAUGUAUAUCAAGAUUUGGUUUUCGUCCUGAUGAAGAAGAGUCAAAUGAAGACAAAGAUAACGACACUACUAAAUUGUCAAGUAGUAUUUCCUCCCCUAAUAACGAUGAUUUUAAUUCAAUAUUAUUUUAUUUUGAUCCGAGUACGAUUAACAAUUGGUUAGAUAUAACAAAUGUUCGAUUAGAUAAACUUCGUCAAUGGUGCAAUAUAAAAAAUAAUUUUAUCCAUUUUAUUCAUUUUUGGUUAAACAAGUUUGAUCAUAAACAUAAAAUAUCUUUGUUUGAUAUGGAAUUUGAAUUAUUCCUUGAACAUUUAUUAUUAGCAUUUAGUCCGGGUAAUUUUGAUUCAUCUAUUAUUGAGCAUUUUGCUCGUUAUAUACUUUAUGAUAUUGAUCGAAUUAGUAAAUCAUUGAACAAAGAUUCUGAUUAUGAAUUUAUUCAACGUAUUGAAAUAUUAAGUAAUUUAGAACGAACAAAUGAGUAUCGUACGAUAUUAGCUGAUUUACCAACAUUAAAUAAUAGUAAUAAAAAUAAACUCUAUUUACAAUGGAUGUUAGCUAUGAGAGCAUUCGGUCUAGUUUCAAUAUGUUCAGCGGCGAUUGAUUUUUACGAAAAUAUUCAACACACAUUAAAUGAAAAUACCUUAGUGUCAAUAAAUCAAGAUCUUGAAAAAGAUAAAACUCAAAUUACAAGUUUAGAUCAGUUAAAACAUCGUGUUGAAGCUGCUAUGAGAUUGUGUUAUGUUGAUGUCAUUGAUUAUUAUUUUAAAACGAAACAGUUAAAUGAUAAAACAUUUUUCGAUGAUAACAACGGUCGAAAUAUUCUAGUUAAUGCUGUUACAAUUGGUCACCUUGACAUCGUUGAGUAUUUAUUGAAAGCGAAUAUACCUGAAUUAGAUAUCAAUUAUGUCACACAAUCUGGUAAUACAGUCUUACAUGUUUGUGUUAAUGUUCAACGUAAAGAUAUAAUUCAAUUGCUUUUAAAAUAUUAUCCAAAUAUUAACGUUAAUAUUAAAAAUAAACAACAAGCAACACCUCUUCACUUAGCUAUUAUUUACGGCGAUGUUGAUAUUGUUAACAUUUUACUUGAAGCUGGUGCUGAUAAAUCCCUAUUAAUGACAAAUAAAACAUGCAAAGAUUUAGCAAAAGAUUUUAAUAAUGAAUAUUUAUAUGAAAUGUUUUCCCAUUAA